CUCUCAAGAAGAAGAAGUGGCUAGUGGGCUAGCCUAGCUGCAGGCUUUAUUUAGAGAAAUAUGGCUGCUGUGCUCCCCGUCAGACCGCCCUGCGACAGCAACCCCGCUACUCCUGGAGCACAAUCCAUAAAGGAGGAUGUAACAGAAGAAGAGUCCAAUGAUGGCAGCCAGCCACCCAAAAGAAGGAGAAUGGGUUCAGGAGACAGCUCUCGAAGCUGUGACACCUCCAGUCAAGACCUCUGCCCGACAUAUUUCCCAGCAGAGAACCUGACAGAGUACAAGUGGCCUCCAGACGACACAGGAGAGUAUUACAUGCUGCAGGAGCAGGUCAGCGAGUAUCUGGGAAUCACGUCCUUCAAGAGGAAGUACCCUGAUAUGGAGAGAAGAGACUUGUCUCACAAAGAGAAGCUUUACCUGCGUGAACAGAACGUCAUCACUGAAACGCAGUGUACUCUGGGUCUGACCGCUCUGCGGAGUGACGAGGUGAUAGAUCUGAUGAUCAAGGAGUAUCCCAUCAAACACUCCGAGUAUUCAGUCAUACUGCAGGAGAGAGAGCGGCAGAGAAUAGCUAAAGAGUACGCUCAAAUGCAGCAGCAGAACCCUCAGAAGGUGGAGGCCAGCAAGGUUCCUGAGUACAUCAAGAAGGCCGCUAAGAAAGCUGCAGAGUUCAAUAGUAACUUCAACAGGGAGCGAAUGGAGGAGAGGAGAGCUUACUUUGACCUACAGACACAUAUUAUCCAGGUGCCCCAGGGCAGGUUCAAGGUGCUGGCUCCAGAGCUGACGAAGACAGGGCCUUACCCCGUGGCUCUCAUACCGGGACAGUUCCAAGACUACUACAAAAGGUACUCUCCCAAUGAGCUGCGGUACUUGCCAUUAAACACAGCUCUGUUUGAGCCUCCACUGGACCCAGAGCUCCCUGCGCUGGACUCCGAACCAGACUCGGAUGACGCUGAGGAGGCCAAGGGUGACAAAAAGAACAAGAACUCAUCUGACAGUUCUUCAGGCAACCCGUCAGACGUGGAGAGCCAAGAGGGAGGAGGGAGACCGGGCCACAAGUCCAAAGCCAAAGACAGGACAUCCACGCCGGGAAAAGACGGCAGCCAGCGCCAAUCUGCCUCCCACAAAGUCACCCCAGGGUACAAGCCUAAGGUCAUUCCCAAUGCUAUAUGUGGCAUUUGCCAGAAGGGCAAAGAGGCCAACAAGAGGGGCCGGCCAGAGGCUCUCAUUCACUGCUCCCAAUGUGAUAACAGCGGCCACCCGUCCUGCUUGGACAUGAGCAAGGAGCUGGUGGGUGUGAUCCAGACCUACCGAUGGCAGUGUAUGGAAUGUAAGACGUGCACCGUGUGUCAGCAGCCCCACCAUGAGGACGAGAUGAUGUUCUGUGACAAAUGUGACCGAGGGUACCACACGUUCUGCGUGGGCAUGGACUCCAUACCUACUGGCCUUUGGGUGUGUGAGGUUUGCGACAAAGAUUUCACCACACCCAAGAAGAAGGGAGGAGCGAAAACGCCCAAGAAGUCCAAGUCGGCUCAGAAAUGAUCGACAGCGUCAUUGACCACAAUACCGUGACCAAACUCUACACACAUUAUGGCAUUUGUUCAUUUGCAGAAGCUAUACAUUUUAGAUGACAUCAGAUCACUGUGACUCAAAAAUAAACAAAAGUGUAUCCCUCCUACCAAAUACCAACAAUGCAAACACAACAUCUUAACCUGCUGUUGGUCUUUAUUGAUUGACAGGUCUGCAAAUACACAGGUAUUGAUCUUUUCUCUGAGAGCUUUGAUGACAUCUGUAAGGCCUAUAAUCACAAUCAGUUAAACACAGAAUUUACUUGCCAUCUCCAAAUCAAACUUUGAAUAAUGUAUGAGAUACCUCAAACGUACUCAACAUAAUCCAGAUUCGGCAUUAACCGUAGCAUAGCAACUCUUGUUUUGUAAUGGUAGACAUUCACAUCAUUCAGAAAUAAUGUUAAGAGACAAACUUUAAGUCAAAUCCAUCCAAAUGUGCUGCAUCAAAUCCUGUGAUCUGCUAACCGCUAACGGCAUCAGUGCAUUCCUACUUUAUUAAUCUGAUUCAUCUCGUAGUUUCUGUCUCAACAUUUCUGCUGUGGGAAAUUAGUUUCAGUUUAACAAAUGGUGCUUUUCAUCCGGUACUACUGAAACAAACAAGAGCUCACUGAGUUACUUUCAAGACAACAUUUUUGUAUGGUUUUGUAUUUUUGGUACUUUAAAUGAACAUGUAUUUAAUGAGGCACACCAGUAAAGAGUAAUCUUAUUUAAACUGUCUUAAAUGAUAACACGGUGCUUGUGAUUCUGUGUGAUGAAAUGUAAUAGACGCUGGCUGUGGUCAACCUCAUGGCUGCAGGUAUUUAUUUGUUAGUCUUGAUUACUGAAAGGUUAUGUCUCACUUAACAUGUAUAGAUUUUGUUGUCAACCCUCGACUAUUAAUUAUUAUACAAAAAUGUAACCACUCACAGUAAUUACAUUGAAAUUCAACAUCCAUCAGCUAUGAUUAGAUAACUGAUAUUUUUUCUGUUUUUUUAAAUAUUAUUUUGUAUUGUCUCUCAGUAAGCAGUUUUUAAGACAUAUUUGUUGGUAUUGAUGUCAUAGUCACUGAA